AUGGAGAAACUGAUAUCUGCACAGAAGCCUCUGAUUUUUAAGGUGGGGGUGACCCACUGCGAAGUUUGGCGUUGGCACAACAGAAUUUACGGAUACAAACAUAGUGUUGAAAGAUGGUCCAACAUGCUGGUUCUCUGGAUUAGCAACGAGCCCGCCGGCCCUUGCAUGCUCGAAGCGGCCCUUAUUCACCAGUUCAAGGGCAUGCCUGGCUGCAAGAACAUCAAGCUUGGAGGCGAUUCUUCUCCAUCGUGGACCUCUGGGCGGGAUCGGUUCUUGACCUAUGCCUCAUGCGCUGCGGCAAUAAGAACCGCACAGGACGUGGUCAAGGACAUAGGUGAAUCUGCGGCCAAGCGGUCUGGGGGGUUGAUUCAGCUGGCACGUUGCAACGCCAGCAGCAACUCAGAGAGAGAUGCUCAGAGGUUGUUGGUGGAUAAGCUUGAACUAGCGUUGGAUGUGCCCAUUAGUUUUUUGCCAACCGGUGACAAGAACUUAGUGGUGCCACUUCUCAAGCUCCGCGACUGGGCAAAGUGGAUUGUCGACCACAAUUUGUGGCACAUGUUGUCAGGCCUUCAGCAACCAGAUGCGAAAAGAAGUGCUUCACAAUGGUCUUCCUCUUGGCAAAAAUUUAGGGCCUACAGCCCGCACCACACUGUUUUUGCAAAGGCUGACAGAGGUGAAAUUGAUUUGUCACGUACUGCUGGCAUUUUGGUACAUGGAGAUGAAGGUCGGAGCCGUCGUCGCUCCGCCAUCAUGAUUCUGAGCUGGCAUUCAAUUUUAGGACGUGGCGCUGGCCCCUCGCAUCGAUCUGAAAAAGGGAAACUCCUGCGGAAGCAGUAUGCCAAGCUUCUGCCGAACUUCAGCGGGCACAGCUACACGACAAGGUAUCUUUUUGCAACUUUGACAAAAGCGUCUUAUACGGGCGACAACGCGCAUAUAUUUGAUGCGGUCUUGGAUUCUCUUUGUGCUGACUUACAAUUCAUGGCAACAACUGGUGUCUGUGAUGAAUGGAACCGCAGAUAUUGGAUGGUUUUGAUCAAUGUUUGCGGCGACUGGCCGUUCCUAGCAAAGAGUGGCCACUUGGCACGCAGCUUCA